AUGUUGUCAAGACGAAUGCUCUCCCGUGAGGAGGAGGCUGAGAUAGGAGAGGAGAAAGAAGUGCGCAAAGAAGACCAGGACAAGAUCAACCGCUUCAGUCGCCUUCACUCCCGCGAAAAGGGUUUAGAAGAGGAAUUGAAAAUCAAGCAGAAAGACAAGGAGGAUUUAGAAGAGAUUUCUUCUGAGCUCGAGCUGGCAGACGAGGACGACAAGGUCCCCUACAAAAUCGGCGACUCUUUCUUCAACCUGCCAGUGCCGGAGGUUCAGGAGCUGUUGUUAGCCGCUGUGGAACGAAUCGACGGCGAAGUGUCAACCCUCGAAGAGAAGCUGGCCGAGUAUCGCGAAGAGAUGCAAUCACUCAAAAGCAGCCUAUAUGCUCGCUUCGGUAAGAGCAUCAAUCUGGAAGUCUGA